AUGCUCAGAAUUCGAAACCGCCGCUCUAAGGUCGACUGCAGAUGGAAUCAAGAUUUGAAUCGGUCAAAUUGUGAAAAAGAUUCAAAUACCAGCGGAUGUAUAAAUUUUGUUUACUUUUUCUACCGUCACGUCUUCAAAAAUAUUUUAAAGGUUCAAAUAAGCCAGAUUUUGAAAUUCAAACCAAUUCUAUGGACAUCUGGGCUUUUAACCGCCUAUUUAGGCUUUCUACUCCUUACGGAUACUGAAGAAACACCGGAAUAUUAUCCGCGUUAUUUUACUGCUACCCUCCUUCGUUAUGCUCCACUGAAUGGUCUAUCGAAAGUUUGGGGUAGAAUUGCUGAAUUUCGUAUACCAGAAGUGUUUAGACCGCUGGUGUACACUUCAUAUGCUAAAUUUUUCCAAUGUGAUAUCAGUGAAGCUGAGAAUCCCGAUUUAAAAAGUUAUGCCUGUCUGUCGGAAUUUUUUAUUCGAAAACUUUCACCUGAUAAACGACCUAUUCACUGUACAGCACCUUUGAUUAGUCCUGCUGACGGUGUAGUAUUACAUUGUGGUCCAAUUGAUGCAACUAAACCAGUUUUAGAACAAAUCAAAGGUAUUCAUUAUUCACUAGAUGAAUUUCUUGGUCCAACUGAUCAUUUGAAAAGUUGGAAUAAAAAGAAACCUGACUACCGCCUUUAUCAGUGUGUAAUCUAUUUAGCUCCUGGAGAUUAUCAUCGAUUUCAUAGUCCUGUCGAUUGGAUGCCUACAGUUAGACGACAUUUUCCAGGUAGACUACUUUCAGUUCGACCUAAUAUUGCUGAACGUCUACCUGGUUUAUAUACUAUCAAUGAACGUGUAGUUUAUUUAGGUGAAUGGAAUUAUGGAUUAAUGUCAUUUACAGCCGUUGGUGCAUUUGGUGUUGGAAGUAUACACAUCAAUAUUGAUCCUGCCUUGAUAACAAACAAACGAAAGGAUAAUACUUUACGUUAUCGUCUAACAAAUACACUCAUGACAACAAAUCCUCAUAAUAAUAAUAAUAAUAAUAUUAAUAAUAAUCCACCAUAUUUAGAAACAACAUUACACCAUAAUAUGAAAUUGAUGAAAGGUGAUGAAUUAGGCUAUUUUCGUCUAGGAUCUACAAUUGUAUUAAUAUUUCAAGGGCCAAUAAAUCAAUUUCAAUGGUGUAUAAAACCUGGUCAACGUGUUAAAUUUGGAGAACCAAUUAUUAUGGCUUGUUAA